GUCCGUGAAAUAGCUCCGUGCAGCAAAUCCUUCUGCUCUUAGCCACUGAUUUAAAAGUCAGUGCGUAAUUUGUUUCUUUAGAUGAGUUAAAAACAGUAAUAUAUGUGAUGAAUUCCUGAAACUUUAAUAAGAGGCGAGUUGGUUCACAAUAUGAAAAAGAAAGUGCAAAGAUUGCGACCUCUUUUUAGGCAAUACGUUUUUCCAUGUUCAGGCACCGAGGUUGCUAAGAUUCAACGCAGAGCUGUUAGUACCGACCAGCCUCUUCACGCACACGAAGCUUCCCUCUAUGUUCACUGGCCUUACUGCUUAAAGCGGUGUUCCUACUGCAACUUCAACAAGUACAUCCCUCGCUCAGUGAAUCACGUGUUAAUGACAGAGUGCCUGCAAAAAGAAACUCGGACGCUGUUGCAGCUCAGCCAAGUUUCUAAGAUUACCUCUGUGUUUUUUGGUGGAGGGACACCAAGCUUGGCACAGCCAUCUACCAUUGCUGCGCUCAUAGGGACUGUUUCCAAACACGCACAGCUCUCUGCAGAUGCUGAGGUUACCCUGGAGGUGAACCCCACGCCUGCAGGCAAAGCUAGACUCAGGGAUUUUGUGGCUGCUGGAAUCAAUCGAUUUUCCAUUGGGACACAGUCUCUAUGUGAUGCCAGUCUGAGGGUGCUAGGAAGGGACCACAAUGCACUGCAAGCUCUCCAGACACUGUCGGAGGCCAGGACACUUUGCCCUGGGCGUGUAUCAGUAGACGUCAUGUUUGGGCUUCCAGGCCAAAGUGUGGAGUCAUGGGAGAGUGAACUGGAGGAGGUGCUGUCUGUUUGCGAUGAUCACGUGUCUCUGUACCAGCUGACCUUGGAGAGGGGCACAUCUCUCUUCAGGCAGGUUAAACUGGGUGAACUGAGUGUGCCCAGUGAUGACAUCACAGCCACUAUGUACAGAUCGGCUAGAAAACGUCUCGAAAAGGCAGGCUUCCUUCAGUAUGAGGUGUCCAACUUUGCCAAAGAUAAUGCUGUUAGUGCACACAAUAUUGGCUACUGGAAGGCCCAGCAAUACAUAGGCAUUGGGCCAGGAGCACAUAGUCGCUUCGUUCCUCUGGCUCUGGGAGGCGUACAUAGGGAGGCACGCACUCAAACAUUGGAACCAGAUGUUUGGAUGUGGGAAGUGUGGCACCACGGCCAUGGAACACGCCGACGCAUGCAGCUUAGCCACCUCGGCCAACUGGAGGAGGUGUUGGUCAUGGGUCUGCGCAUGACUGAAGGAAUCUCCCACCAGCACUGGAAAAUGUUCAGUCCAGAAGCAAACCUCCAGGACAUUCUCGGCAUGUGUUCAGAUGUUGAGGAACUGCAAAAGAAGGGGCUUCUAAUCCUUGAUGAAAGGGGGCUGCGGUGCUCUUGGGAUGGCAUGGCAUUGUUGGACAGUAUUUUGCCAGUGCUGCUGCUGUCCUUGGAGACAUUGUUUCACAUGUGCAGACCCGCACCCUCUCCUGCCACAGUGGACUGACGGACAGAGAGGGAGGCAAUGGAGCCCCCUCCACCCCCCCAGUCAGAAAGGAGCAUUAAUUCCCAGCACAUAAAGGGUUCAUAUAUGGAGCUCACAGAAUUCAGGGCCCACAAUUCAGGGAACACAAAAAGAUGCCUUCCUCUUUUGUAAGGUUGUUUCUGAAAUUGGAGUGAAGAUUUGAGGUUUUUCCCCUGCAGAAGCACAUUGUGGCUA